AUGGACAAAUUAUGUGAGAGAGACGGAAUUGCUGCGACGGUGAUCGAAUUGGAUCAGACUCCACCUCCACGGAGGAAUGUCCGUCGGAAGCUGGUUCAGUCGACGUUGGUCCCGCAUAAAUCGGAGGAUGUAAUUGAGUCUAAUGGAGAUCGGAUGUGCGACGCCGGCAACAAUGGGGAAGGAGAAGGAGGGGAUAUCGAUGUCUGUAGCAGUCAAGGGAAGAAGACGAGAAAGCAAAGAGAGAAAACUCCGAAGAACGGAGCUUCUAAGAAGUUAGCUAAAGAAAAGUCGCCUCGUAAAUCAACGCCUAAGAAAAGUGCAACGAAAAACGGGAAUGUAGCUGCUGCUGCUGAUCAAAAGAUCACUGCCAAUGUCUCACCUAGAGUUCCCAAUUUGCGCCUGGAAGCUAAAUUAAGAGCUGAGGAAGAUUCGCGGAUGUCUGCUGGCAAGCAAUUACAUCCGUUUUUCUCGUCUUGGAAAGGAGGUAAGAAGAAUCAAGAAGCAGGUGCAGCAGAGAAUGGUAGGUGUCAGGGUCAAGGAAGAGAUCAAAUUGUCACCAUUGGCCCUAUCCAUGUCUUUGAGAAUCUUCAGGAUUGUAAUCUGACCAUUGAUUGGAAGAACUGGACUUUCUGUGAGCAAAUCUCCACCAAAGGGAGUCCUGAUCAACAAAUAAAACUCGACUCUCUUGAACACCGGCCCAAGGGGUUUGAUCUAAAUGAACUGCCGACUCUUGAUGUGUGCGUCAUCGAUGAUGAGGAGCCUGAACAAUGUGCUAGUCAACCAGAAGGUAUCACAGAGACAUCUCCGGUAGUCUUGGUAGCAUACCAGGAGGAGAAAAGUGGAUACCUUGGCUCCUCUGAUGGAGCUGAAGCGGAUUGUGAAGUUUAUGAAGCAGUCGAGUUGUCUGAUGAUGCUGGUGGUGCAGCAGACAAAUCUCAUGGACUGCAAAGCAUAUCAUGUGGAGAAAGGUAG